AUGGUUUUGUAUGUCUACUUUUUCAACAUCUCAAAGAAUGACGUUAUCCUAAAUUUACUGUUUCAAUCUGAAGAACAUAUGAGCCCAAUAGCAAUGAUGAAAGCUUCUCAAAUCCAAAAUGUGAUACAAAUUUCUAUCAACCAUUUAAAUAGUAUAUCUCACUACUAUACUCUAAUAGGAAAUGGUUCUCUUACAUAAACAAAUCCAGAUUAAGCUAGAAAAUGGUAUUGGAAUCGUAAUGUAGUUUAAGAAAAUUUUAGUGGUUUUAAGAAGUAUAUGACUUAAGUGAGUCCCUAGCGUUGGGAAAGUAUUUUAAAUUCUAGUUGGUCUUGGAAUAAUAAUAAAGAGUAUUUAAGAUUUUAAGAUUUACCAUCUUUAGAAAAACAGGUGUUAUCAAUGGCUUCAACUACAGAUACUAUUAUUCAACCAAUUUAUAAGUCAAGUAAAGGGUAAUAUACAUUGAUAUAUUCAAUAUUCAGCGAUGGAAUCAUAUCUGAAUACCCAUAUAUUACUUAUCAACCUGAAGAAGAAAACCCUUUAUUGCUUUAACCUUACCCAAUCUAAGUAAAAGAUUUUUCCUCUAAGCAGAAUAAAUUAAGAAAUUAAGUCAAAGUUGAUGAUUCUAUAAAGGAUUCAAAAGAUAUCUAUAAUGAUAAUAAAAAAAGACCCACCCUAUAAGCGCUUGAUUGUUAAAAUUUAAAUUCACUUUCCGAUUAUGAGCCGAGAUGUUCCUCUUAUUACAUUAAUGCUUAGGAAAAUCCUGAAAAAACUGUUUUCAGUUCACCUUACAUUGAUAUUUUAUUGAAUAAUGUUUGCAUUACCUUAUCAAAGUUCUUCAAGUUGAAUAAGAGUGUAGAGGGCGUCGUUGCAAUGGAUUUAGAUAUGAAUUGGCUGAAUAAUGUCUCAAUUUUAGAUUAUAAGUACCGGGGAUAAGACAUGCUGAUAGCAAUAUGCCCGAUUAAUUUGAUUCUUGAUUCAGACACUAACAAAACUGAGCAUGUAUUUUCAAUAGGUAUCGCAAUGAAAUCAGAUGAUGUGACUACUCAAAUCAAAUCUCUCACUAUUAUCUCUGACAGAGUAAUUACAAUCCUUUGCAUUUUAGGAGCGUUGGUGAUUCUGACUUUGAUUACUGCUGCAAUUGUAGCUUAUGAAACUUCUCAUUAUAUUAUUAGACCACUUAGAAUGUUAAAUUCUAAAAUGAGGGAAAUUAUAAAUGCAAAGUAAGAAAUUGAGUUAAUAAACGAGGAAGAAACUUCAAAAGAACUCACAGAUUUGUAUGAUGUUUUCAAGAAUCUCAUUUCAGCUAAGAAAUUUGAAAAUAAUGACUUCAUUUAAAAAUCUGAUGCUUUAGCUGUGAUUGAUUUGGCUGAGGCUUGCAACAUGUUUGACUGUCAGAACUAUAAAGCAGCUGGUAUUUGCUAUAAUAAUAUUGCUAAUAUAUAAUUCAAGAACGAAAAAUAUAGCUAAGCAGCAGAAAACUUUUUUAACGCAAUAGAGUAGGCUAUGAUCUGUCUUAAAUUGAAAACUCCAUAAGAAGUUUAUGCUAGGUAGGAUAGAACUCUUUCGAGAGAAUAGUAUUCGAACCUCAUAGAUCCUGAAACUCCUUCAUUAGAAUAGAAAAUAUAUUAUGAGAAGGUAUUUGCUCAUAGAACUUAUCAGUAUUCUAUGUGUCUUUAUAAGGAGUUAAGAUACAAAAAUAGUAGUUUAAACGAUCCAAAUUUAACCUGGAAUAAGGUAGAUGCAUGGCUUAGAUAAUCAAUUUAGAGAUAUUAAGGUAUUAAGCAGGAUGAUUCUGCAUAGCCUUUAUUCAUAGAUCUGAUAAAAAAAAUAACUAUAAGUAGAGCUUAUUCAAACAUUCAUAAUAACAAGUUACUUACAGCUGAGAAACUACUUGAUUGUGCUUAAUUGAUGAUAAGCUUCAUUGAAAAAGGUAGAUUGCAUAUAAUAACAGAAGAAAGAGAAGAAGCACCUGUAAUUCCUAUUGAAAUCCUAAGAUAAAAAUAUCUUAUGCACGCAGGUUUACUUUAUACUGCUUUAAAUCAAGACAAAGUAGCAGCUGGAAUGUUUACAAGGUGCCUUAGAUCUGGGCAAAUUUAUGACCCCCGAAUUAGAAGAGAAUGUGUCCUUCAGCUUUAAUUGAUUUUUGAGAGACAUAAUUAAUACUCUCCAUCCCUAGAUAAAAUGAUUGAAUCUUUUAAUCACAAAAAUAAAGAUGUGGUGUUUUUAGUUAAUGUGGAAUAAUCUAUGGAACCUCAUACUUUAAAAUUUUAAGCUCAUUUAGAUUAUAUAUUUGAAAAGGGGCUAGAGCAAAGAGAUCGAAUAAGCCUUAUAACCUGUUCUAAAAAUUGUAGGAGAUUAUUUUCUUUGGUUCAUAAAGAAAAAAACUAUGUAUAGCUUAAAAAUCUUAUCACCAGAAUAAAAACAAAUCAAUAAACUAUCCCAUGCUUGCUAAAAGGUGUUAAAGAGGCUGUAAAAGAAUUUCUGGACUAAGAUCAUGAAUUUUUCUAAGAUCGUAAUAAAUUAAUAAUUUGUAUGACAAAUCAUUUGUCUGAAGCUGAUCUGCAGGAAGAUUACUUCAAUGAUAUUGAAUAUUUACUAAAUGAAUUCGAAUGCACACUUAUAGUAUUUGGAUAUGGACUCAAUAAUAAAGAGAAAAAAUAUUUUAGAAAGCUAUGUUUAAGUACAUAAGAAGGUAGGCUUUUAAUUGACCCAGAUUUAUAUUAAAUAGAAGAACUUUUUAUCUCACUGUCAAACUAUAAAUUUGAAAGCAAUAAAACUUUUAUCCUAGAGACUUUCAACUGA